UCUUCGUGGACGUGGCUUGCUGUAUAACCCGUAAAAAAUUGCAAAUCUUUUGAAAAAACUAACAAAUUUCGAGAAUGCGAAGUCCCUCGGCAGCAGUUUGGGCAAUGCGAAGGAUUUGUCUGAUAUAAUGACUGGCAGCUUCAAGGUGCAACUCAUCAACAUGGGCACUCGUGCUGCCGCCUUUCAGGCAAAAUUGAGAGCCCUUCAUGAAUACCAUGUACGUCUAUUGCACAACGUCUUACCCGCGCCCUCUGGCGUAGAUAUUGCUAACAAUAUCAAAUACUUUUCUCAAACUCUACUAACUGUCCUCAAAGAUGUGCGCACCUCGCCGCACGAGCUUAUACGCGAUCCCCUCGAAGAUCCCACUCGCAUGUCUGCCUAUCCCAAUCUCGAAUAUGGCAACCUAUACAACGCUCUUACCAUGCUCAUAGAUGUGGCACCUUGCAUCCAGUACGGGCAAAUCGUUUUCGGAAAAGCUCUCUUGCAAUGCCUAAGCUGCAUCCUCCCAUUUCUCGACAAGGAUCUCAUCGAUAAUCUACCCUACCUGGUCAGCUCUACUAUAUCUGUUCUACCGCCAGCUUUGCACCAAGAUAUUGUCAACGCUCUUUGCUACUAUAUCCUGCCCUUUACUAUAACCCGUCGCAGCUCCGAUGAGCAGGAAUGUCAAGCCUGCCAGUCCGUGUCCUCGGUGAUCAUGAUGGUGCUGCAGUACUCCAACAACCCGGCCCACCACUGCCAGUUGCUGGAGUGCCUGAUGACCCUCAAGCACAACGUGGUCAAGGACAUCCUCUGCGUGGUGGCCUACGGCACCGCUGUCUCCCGAUCCUCGGCCGCCAAACUGCUCUUCUACUACUGGCCCGCCUUCGACGCCAAUCUCUUUGACCGGAAAGUCCUGCUUUCGAAACUAACUAACGACCUGGUGCCCUUCACCUGUCAGCGGGAGCACUGUCCGAACGCCGGGAACGCGGAGGCAGCCAAGGUGUGCUACGACCACAGCAUCAGCAUCACCUAUGCACCGGACUGCCCGCCGCCUCUCUACCUGUGCAUCGAGUGCGCCAACGAGAUCCACCGCGAGCACGGCAGCCUCGAGUUCGGCGACAUUCUCCAUCCCAUGCAGCAAGUGUCCAUGGUCUGUGAGAACAAGAAUUGUCGCUCCAACGAGAAGUCCGCCUUCUCCAUUUGCUUCUCCACGGAAUGCGCCAGCUUCAACGGCAACCAUCCCAUCCGCUACUGCAGCCAGUGCCACAGCAACAGGCACAACUCCCGCCGUGGCGGGGACCACGUGGUGCACCGCAGCCUACAGCCCGCGUGGCAGAUGGACCCCGAGAUGCAGAUGCACAUGGUCGAGUCGGUGGUGAGUCUGCUGCGCGAGGCUAAGCCGCUGAACUUCGAGCCGGGCAAGGAGUCCUCGUCGUCCGAUGCCAAGAAGAACGGCUCCGCGCUCACCGCCGACAACAUUUCUCUCGAGGAACGGCAGCGGUUGGGCCGCUAUGGCAUCUGGCUGCUGGUGGGCCGUUGCACUCCCACCGCCGACACUCCCGUCGAGGUGCUGGGCAGGAUCCUGAGCAUGCUCUUCCACUGGUUCCAUGUCACCGCCUAUUCGUACGACGCUGCCGGUCAGGUGGAGAGUACUAUUGAGAAGCUGAAGGUCGAUCACGUGUGCAACUGGCUGAAGGAGAUCUGUCGCAUCCACUACAACGUCUUCAUCUCCUGCCUCCUGCCCCAUCCGCCCGAGUACGCUCGCGUCGGUGGCCACUGGGAGACCUUGGCGUCGCGUACCAGCCACCUGAAGGAGGGACUUCAGCGGCUGAUCUGCCUGGUGCCGUACGAGGUGAUCACCUCCGAGAUCUGGGACUACGUCAUGCCGCACUGGAUGGAGGCCAUCACCAACGACGUAGCCGAGAAGGAGCUCAACGAGCUGAAGAUUGUGCUGAGCAAGAUCCUCGAUCCGGAGAUGUCGCCGCUGGGCUUUGACGCGAAGACCAUGUACAACUUUGUGGCCAUACGAUUCGAGAAGACCACGGCCAAGGUGCAGCAGCAGGCCCUCCACUGGCUGCAGAUCCUCACGAAGCUGGAGAUUCUCAUCCCCCUGGUGCAGCUCUUCGCCAUGUUCGGGGACGGAGUGCGCAUCAUGAAGUACGGCAUCCAGCACGAGUUGAUGCGCGAGAAGGACGCCCAGUCUCAGGCCAAGGCCCCCAAGACUCCAUGCAAGGAGAGCAAAGAGACCAAGGCGGACAUGGCCAAUCCCCCCAGGCGCAGUUCCAUUUCUCCUGUCGUGGAGGAUGACUCCGGCAACACAUCUGCCAUUUCGGAUGACGAGGCGCCCACUAAUCGCCACACGGAAUUCUCCACGGACGCCGAGCACAACCUCACCUGCUGCAUCCUCAUGCUGGACAUUCUGCUGAAGCAGAUGGAGCUGCAGGACGUGGAGCAGCACAUGGGCAUCCACACGAGCGUCUGCGAGAACGUCUCGCGGCUGAUCAAGUGCAUGGUUACAGCUGCUCGUGUGGGCCUCAGCAGCCAUGUCUGCGCCCUGAAGGUCGCGGAGUGUGCCUACUGCGAGGCCUCGAUCAUGUGGCACCAGCUCUCCACUAAGUUGGUCCAGUUCAUGGCUCCCCUGAACCCUGUCAGGCCACCAGAUGUUCCCAUCGAGGACAUCAUCGAGGAGGAGAAGUCUUCCCGCAAGUCUCCGCCCGAAUCCGACAAGGAAAAGACCCGUGAUCGAGAUGUUUCCCUCUCGAUGGCACCGCUUCCGAUCCCACUGGGACCCCUCGGAGGAUUUGCAGAUAUCUUUAAGCUAGAUCAAUUCUUUUCAGACGAUGGAAAAAUUAUUAUAAUGGCAGGUCCUGUGCCGGUGGCCGUUCCGCAGCCAGAACCCCACUCCGUAGGCGGAGUGCUCGUCCACAUGCCCCACGUCUGUUCAAAUAACGAAUAUGGGCAUUCAGUUGAUAGUAAUGAAUUGAGAAAAGUUCACGCCACAGACGAGAUCAUGACGGCCACGGUAGAGACAGUUUCAGAGCAGCUCGACCUGGCCUCCAUCCUGCCCACCGACCGGGCCAUAGCCCGCAUCCUCUCGGACGCGGACGUGGUCAGCGCCAAUGUCAGCGUGACCCGGGCCUCGGUCAUGGGCGAAAACGGUGCCAAUGGCGGCGCAGCAUGCGGCGGUGGCGAAAAUGGCAGCGGCUCUGAGGAGGACGAGGAGGAGGAGGACAGCGACGACUUCUGGCACACCUCCGUCGGCAAGUUCAAGUUCACGCUGGACACGCUGCCCCAGCCCUUGCAGUAUAUUCAUCAGCUCCUGACGGAAAUCCCUACCAUCAAGAAGCCGGAGAUCCUGUACUACGUGCUGCAGUGCCUCAACACGAUGGCCCUUCAUGGCGAUGCCCUGGCCAAGGCUGCUCGGGAGCAGCGAGGCUUCUUCAUCUGGUGCCAGGAGAAUCUGCUGAUCAAGAACCUGUGGGAGCUGUGCAACGCGGAGCACUCGCACAUCUGUCAGGUGGGCGUGCCCCUGCUGCUGCACUGCAUCACGCUGCCACUGGGCUCCGAUGUCUUCUGGCGCGUGGUGCAGGAGGCCUUCCACGACACGGACUGGCGUGUCCGAUUCACGGCAGUGGAACGCGUUACCGUGAUUACCCGGUUCAUGGACUCGACGCCCCUGCGCUCCGAGGUGGGUCUGCAGACGGCGCUGGCCACCGCCUUCUGCCACCUGAUCGCCAGCAUGGACGACAUCAAUGUGUAUGUGGCGCAGCGGGCGACCCUGUACAUCGGGACCAUCCAUGACACGGCAAUACGGUCGCUGCUCUUCUGCCUGGAGUCGCAGUUCGAUCUCUUCAUCGUGGACCGGCCGGUGGUACUCCAGUCGGUCUACCAGCUACACAACUCGCUUUCCGACCGCAAGAUGCUCGGCUGGGAGUUCUUCCUCAACCGCUUCGACACGCUCUUCGUGGAGGCGCAGAUCAGCCUGGAGAAAUGCGGCGACAUCUCGUACCUGCGGGACCUGCGCAACUCGGACAAUGGCAGCGAGGCGCUCUCGGCCAAGAUCCAGAAGGCCCGGGAGGCGCUGAACCAGUCGGACACCAGCGGCAGCAUGGCCAAGACGCUGAGCGCCUCCUUCGGCACAAAGUGGCCCUACAAGCGGACCAUGUCCGCUCCCGCUAGCAUGGCGCCUCGUCAGGACAGCAAGUUUGUGCCCGAGAAAGAGAAGAUCUACAGCCGGCAGGUGUCUGCGCCGAUCCUCAAGCGGAAGACCUCGCGCUUCGGACUGGAUGGUCACAUCCACUCGCUGGGCGGCUUAAACGAUGACAACCUCAUCGGCUUGCUGUCGAGGAUCACGGAGCUGGAGGAGUCCGACCGGGAAACCAUUCAUCUUCUGGUCUUUAUGCUCAUGCAGUUUAUGUCUCGCACGGAUCAGGCAUUCCCUUCGGAGGAUAAGCCCGUGACCAAGACCCAAAAUAUUGUCCUGAAGCAUCUUUUUCUGUUGCUCGGCCACAACCAGAUCGACAAGUCCUUCCACACAACACCGGAGUCUUUAAGGGUCUCGGCCGUGUUCAACGCCUUUUUGGCCAACCUGCCGCAGGUUCUGGACCAGAACCACCUGAUUGGUGGCCUCAUCCUUCCCUCGGUUAUGCAGAUCAUUCUCUAUGCCCCCAAUCCGACCAGCACCACUGGAGAGUACCAGAACAUCGUCUUCAACUAUUCGCUGUGGCACCUGGAGCAGUACCCGCGCCGCAACUGGCUCUUCACCUUGUUGGUGGUGCUCUACAAGUACUCCUACACCCAGCCGCCUCUCAGUGGCUACGUUAUCUCGGCCAUCCGCAUGAUCAUGAACAGCCUGCGCGGCCACUUCCACCAGUGCCGCCGGAUCCCCACUACCACAAUCCUGGACAUACAGGGCGUGGGCGGAGCCGCUCGCUCACGGGACGUCAGCCAGCCCUCGCUGGGCACCGAUCCGGACGACAAGGAGGCCAGUCCGCCGGCCAGCCCCAUGUUCCCCUCGGAGGGCACUAGUGCCGCCUCCAAGAGCAAAGGCCAGAACGUGGCAUUCACACCCAAGCUGCAGCACGCUUUCCGAAAGUACAAUGACUCCAGCCUGGAUGCGGACGAGACGGAGUCGGAGCUAGUGGCCAUACCCGAGAGCGAUCUCUCCGACAGCACUCUACAUGGCAGCAGUGCCCCGGGAUCCUUUGACGACACCAUUCAUUUCGAGGAUGUAAUGCCGCGCAAUCGCCGAACCCUUGAGUACACCGAGGAGAAAUCCACCAAGUCUCACAAGUCGAUGAUCACCACCAAGGUGGGCGAUACGUAUACAACCAAGAUCAAGGCCACCACCACCAGCGAGACCCUGGUUACGACCCACACGAGGCACAGCCUGCAGGAGGGCGUACGCAUGAUCGUGACCCCUCUGGUGGGAGCAGAGACCACGGAGACGGCCAUUGUGAGUCCUCCGGUUGACGUCCAUCGGGCGGUGACCGUGCGCAACAAAUCACUCGAGAACGCCGCCGCCUCCACCUCUAAGAUGUUCGCCGCCAUUGCCACAAAUCAUCUCAAGGCCCUGGGCGCCCUUCAAGAUGUGCCGACAGCGGCGACGGUAGACAGGAAGGCAGGAUCCAGUAGCGGCAGUGGCAGCCGUUCGGCCAACGGCAAUGGCAGUGGAGGCAGUGCUCCGGCUGCCGUCCAGGCAUCAUCCUCGGCCACAGCUCCUACUGUGACUGCCAAACCAAUUGGACGGCACAAGACAAUAGUGGAGUGCAGUGCCGGGAACUCGAGCUCCUCGGCGGAUGACUCGCGGCAAAAGAAGUCGCAAACCAAGUCGCUAAAGCGCACAGACAAGAACUACGGCUCGCCGGAGUCGCCGCUGUCCAAGAUGAGCGUGAUGCCGAACCCAAGGGACGAGGUGGACGAGGGAAUGCAGAGCCUGCCCCCACCCAAGAGCAUUGCCGCCCUGGAGAUACCCACUCCGGAGCGUUUGCUGCCCAUUGGUACCCAGGACUCGGUGGCAACGCUGGUGGAGCGGGUAAGGGAUGGCCUCAACAUCCCGGAUAUCAGUCAUCUCAAACAGGACAGUCUGGAUGUGUCGGAGAGCACCAAGGACGACGUGACGCCCAGCAGCCGUACAAACUCCCCCCGACGCCUCAUCAAGCAGGUGGCCCUGGAGUCACCACCAAACCCGAAUGCCCAGCUGCCCUCUCAGCCCUCGGCAGAUCUGCACACCUCCAUCUUGAAGAACGUUCAGCAGGAGCUCAAGCAGAAUGCGGGAGCCAACGGCGGCGGAGGCCUGACCACCAGCAACAGUAUCAAGCGACCCCGCCAGAAGCUGGCGCCCUUCAAUGUGGACACCAACGCCAUUCCGGACAUACGUUCUCGCUACGCGGGCUCCUGGCCUCCGCCACCCUUUCAACCCGUGGACCCCGAGCCCGAUGACGAUGGGGAUGAGAUCGGGGCCGAAACCACAAAUGGGCAUGGAGCGCAGUCCACUUCGCAUGCCGCACGUGGGCAAAGUUCCCGCCGGGUGGGCGACUACACCAUCGUAGAGCGCUGCUCGGACUGUGGUGCCCACAUUGAGGAGUACACGGACGAGGAGAUCGGCAUUUUCAUCGUGAUCCUGGGCACAUUUAUCCACCGUGAACCCGCUAUGGCAGCACCGUUCCUGCCCGAAAUUCUGACCAUGACUUCGCGCAUCUGUCUGAGCUGCACGCAUGCCUGGCAGGGCGAGAAUGGCCCACCCUUGGCCAGCAGUGCCCAAGCGGUGGCCCUCCAAUUCUUCCGUUGCAUUCUCCACCAGCUGGCCCCCAACGGCAUCUUCCUGCAGGUGUUCCAGACCCAAAUGAAGAUGAAAAUACGCCACAAUCACUUCCGGAGCAUUGCCAAGGCGCUGCAGGAUUUCCAGGAUCUGAAUGCCACCAGCCCCAUUUACAUGGUGUGCGAAUCACUGACCUCCAAGAAGGCGCUGCCCGUCGACCAGCUGCCCGUGAUCUUCCGCAACAUGGCCGAGUACCUCAACCUGCAGUGCGUGCCGGCCGAGGCAGGCGUGGGCUUGGCGGUCUGGUCGCAAGCAAUGCAGGCAAUGGAGUCGCUGCUGCGCCAAGUGAUCGUGAUCAUGCCCAGCCUGAGCAAUGCCGAGUACAUGCUGGACAUAAUCGCGGCCACGUUGAGGCUAAACUGUGUGCCGAAGACGCUGCUAGAUCCGUACUCCAAGAUCAUGGCCUACUGCGUCCAGCACACGAACCUCGAGUACCAGACCCUCUACGAGCUGUGCACCCUGAACACCCGCUCCUUCAGCAAGGACCGCGACAAGAACCUCCUGUGCCGCCAGAUGAUCUUCGAGUUUGUCCAGGCCCUCAAGUUCAAGUCGAACAUCCCGGACCAUAAUCUCCUCACGAUCGUCGGGUUCGUGCUGCUCGAUGCCGGCGGCACGUUACCACCGGGAUCUGCUCCUGGCCUGCCCGAUGCGGCUCCCAUGCUGACCACCAAUGCAGCCGAUUGCUUGAGGCAGUACAUCAACGACGUGAUUGACUUUCUGGCCGACUUCCACACGCUGAGCAAGAUCAAGAACUUUAAGAAUGGCCAGGCGAGCAAUGGACUCGGUGAGGACACCCUGGGUGGGGUCCUUAAGGGAGCGGUGGCCCAAUACCUGGCCCUAGAGAUGUCGCGGGGCAACUCCCGGGACAACAAGGCGGUCUCCCGUUAUCUGCCCUGGCUGAACAAUGCUCCGUCCUCCCUGCAGCAGGGGCCCAAGGAGUUCACCGAGUGCGUGGGCCACAUGCGCCUGCUAUCUUGGCUCUUACUCGGCUCCCUUACCCACAUGGCACUGAUGCAGCGUCGCCAAGAGACACACACCAUACCCACGCCCCUGCCCCCCAACUUGGCGCCCGGCCAGGGAUCGGCUGGUGUCCACUAUCAGCACCAAGGAGUAACAUACUCGCAGCCAGUGCCGCAGGAGGCCUCCUGCCACAUCGCAGAUCACAUUCAGGUGAUCUUCGCCGGAUUCGCGGAGCAGUCGAAGACCUCGGUGCUGCACAUGUCCUCGCUUUUCCAUGCCUUCACCCUGUGCCAGCUGUGGACGGUCUACCUGGAGCAGAUGGCCCAUAACACCAACAGCAAUGCGGAGGGCAGCACGCUGGGAGUGCUUUUCGAGUUCUGGGCAAAGGUUACGCCCUGCAUCCUGCAGCUGGUUUCCCACGCCAAGCCGACCGUCAACAAGGAUCAGCAGCCUACCACCAUGGACUUCCAGACGCAGAGCGCCAACUCCAAGUUGUCCGAGAUGGUCAACCUGCACUUCCUCAGCCUGCUGGAGGCCCUGAAGGACACCAACUCAACGGUGCUGGGCAAGCUGCUGCCCAUGUGGAGUCCCGUGCUCUCCUCGCAGACCCAACUCUCGGACACGCUGCACGUCCGUCUGCAGAACGUGCGGGACUAUGCUCCGGACUACGAGGAGCAGCAGGCCCUCAAGUCAGAGGCACUGCUGAAGUGGCUGCAGCGCCUCCAGUUUAAGAUGGGGCAAAUCGAGCUACAGGCCUCCACGGCCACCCAGUUCUAUUCGAUUUAAAG